AAAGAAUAUACUACCUAGAUUAAGUGAUCAGUUAGCAUUAGAUGAUUUAUGGUCUAUGUUAGGUGAUUGUUUAACAGAGUUAGCUAAAACACCAGAUCAACAUGCUGUAUUGAUAUUACAAUCUGCUGUCGAGGCUUUCUUUAUAGUACAUGCUGGUGAAAAAGAAAGUAAAACAGGUGAAACUAGUAAUCAGAAACGUGAAGAUCAAAUGGCGCAUCUUAAUUUAGAGAUGGCACCACCAUCACCUGGUAUAUCUGAUUCACAAUUAUUAUCUCGCGAGAACUCUGUAGCUUCAGUUUCAUCAUUAAAUCACCUUCCUCCAGAUACACAGAAAUUCUUGCGCUUUGCUGAAACUCACAGAACUGUAUUAAAUCAGAUAUUAAGACAGUCCACCACACCUUUAGCUGAAGGUCCAUUCUCGGUGUUAGUAGACCAUACACGUAUACUAGACUUUGAUGUAAAAAGAAGAUAUUUCCGUCAAGAAUUAGAACAACACGAUGAAGGUUUAAGACGUGAAGAUUUACCAGUGCAUGUACGUAGAGAACAUGUAUUUGAAGAUUCCUUCCGUGAACUCUUCCGGCGUUCUCCAGAAGAAUGGAAACAAAGGUUCUAUAUUGUCUUUGAAGGUGAAGAAGGUCAGGAUGCAGGAGGUUUAUUAAGAGAAUGGUAUUUAAUUAUCUCCAGAGAAAUAUUUAAUCCUAACUACGCACUAUUCCGUACAUCACCUGGUGAUAGAGUAACAUACACAAUCAAUCCAUCAUCACAUUGUAAUUCUAAUCAUCUCAGUUAUUUUAAAUUUGUGGGAAGAAUUAUUGCUAAAGCUGUCUAUGACAAUAAGUUAUUAGAAUGUUAUUNUACUAGAUCAUUCUAUAAACAUCUACUAGGAUUACAAGUCAAAUAUAAUGACAUGGAAAGUGAAGACUAUUCAUUCUACUCUGGUUUAGUUUUUCUACUAGAAAACACUGUUGAUAAAUUGGGUUAUGAGUUAUCAUUUAGUACUGAGAUACAAGAGUUUGGUGUCACCGAAUCUAGAGAUUUAAAACCUAAUGGUAGAAAUAUACCAGUUACAGAGGAGAAUAAGAGGGAAUAUGUUAAAUUAGUUUGUCAAAUGAGGAUGACAGCUGAUAUCAGAAAACAAUUAAAUGCUUUCUUAGAAGGGUUUUAUGAUAUUAUACCUAAGAAAUUAGUGUCUAUAUUUACUGAACAAGAAAUAGAGUUAUUAAUAUCAGGAUUACCUACUAUAGAUAUUGAUGAUUUGAAAGCUAAUUCAGAAUAUCAUAAAUAUCAAGCCACAUCACUACAGAUUCAAUGGUUUUGGAGAGCAUUAAGAUCAUUUGAUCAAGCUGAACGAGCUAACUUCUUACAGUUUGUUACUGGUACAUCUAAAGUACCACUUCAAGGCUUUGCUUAUCUAGAGGGUAUGAAUGGUAUACAGAAGUUUCAAAUACAUAGAGAUGAUCGAUCUACAGAUAGGUUACCUACAGCACAUACCUGUUUUAAUCAAUUAGAUUUACCAGCUUAUGAAACAUAUGACAAGUUACGUCACCAACUAUUAUUAGCAGUCAGUGAAUGUUCAGAAGGAUUUGGGUUGGCUUAAAUCAUUUAUUGUGAUUAAUAUUUAUGGUGAAGUGCUUUAAAAAGACAUUACCUUCAUAUUUUUUGAAAAACCUGCUUCAUGUUAAAGGGACAUUCCGCUUUUUUUAUAUAAUCUUUUAACUUCGUUAUGCUGUUUGCAAGCUUGAAAACUAAUGGACGGAGUUGAGUAAAAUAAACAACUAAUUUAGAGAAUUAUGUUUUCUUCAUAUUCUAAAUAUUUCAACUAAAUAUAAAGAGCCAUUAUAAAGCCAAUCACAGAAACUAGGUCAAACUGCUUGAUUAACAAUUAGUACUCUCAGUUUUUGAUUAACUUCUUAAAACAUAUUCAGUUUGAUCAAGUAGAUACAUAGAUAUGGAUAGCAUACUUUAGAAAUAUUUUAGGUAUAAUGUACGACGUUUUUGAUAAUGAAAAUGUUUUACAAAAAAGCGGAAUGCCCCUACAAGUUUCAAAAUUUUUAACAAAAAAAGGUGAAUGUGAACUUCUUGCUUCAAGAGCAGAAUUAGCAUGGUUCGUUAAUACUAACAUAUUUGUAAUAGCCUUGACAAAAAAAAAGUUUUGAAAAAUAUAUAUUUAAAAAAAAAAAAAAGAAUAAAUAUACAGGACUUCAAUUAAAACUAAUACUGGGAUUUGUCUGUCUAUAUUCUUAAUGUUCAAAUUUCCAAAUAUCCAGUUCAUUUCAAAAUGAUACAAUGAAAAUUUUGUAAAUAAUAAAAUGAUUUAGGUUGUUGUAUGUAUGUAAAUGUUUGUAUACAUGUAUCAUAUGAUUGAGUUUGUUUGGAGUUAAUAUAAAUGUAAACAAAUAAAUUUACACCCUAUUUUGUUUGAAUUACCUAUAAGAGUAGUGCUGGAUUAUGGUAUGUUAUUUAAUUUAUUGUACAGAUUAUUAUGGUAAUAAGAAUAUAGUUGUAUAUCUAUUAAAGAUUUAAUCUAGACCAAUAUAAUGCUGUAUAUUUCUUCUAAUGUUAAAUAAAGUUCUCAUUACAUCCAGAAA